AUGGAAGAUUACCAAAACCGAGUAGAAGAGUUAAAGGAGAUGCUGAAACAGGCAGAGGAGAAGGUAGAACAAGAACUUCUUGUCAGAAAUGAUCUUCAGAAUCAGCUUCAAGAAAAGGAAGAGGCCCAACAAGUGCUUAGAAAGGAGAUUGAUGACUGGACUGACAACCAAAAGCGAGCUAAAGAGUUAGAGGAGAUGCUGCAGCAGGUAGAAGAGGAGGCAGAGCAAGAAAUGCUUGUUAUUAAGGAGCAUUUUCAGAGGCAGAUCAAAGCCAAAGAGGAAACCAUGGCACAACUUAAAACGGAUCUUGAAGAUAAGAUAAGCAGUAUGCAUAAGCAAAUAAGACACAGGGAUUUCUUGAUUGAAGAUCGGGACAUUGACAUUAAAAAGCUUAAGAUGGAACAGCAGGGUCUGGAAGGGGAUGUUGAAGAGUUAGAAAAGAUUGUCGCAGGACUUAAAUCAGAAAUCCAGCUCAGCAGCCAGGCAAUUGAGGACAAGGAGAGCUGUUUAUCCACACUGAGGAAAAAGUGCCAAGAACUGGAGGAGAUUAAUUAUGUUUUGAAUUUUGCAAUCAAAGAUAUGAAAAACCAGGCUGAACCUAGGGAAAGUGAAGGUAAAGAGCUGAAGAAACACAUAGCAGAUGUUCAGGUGGAGCUGAUGCAUGGCCACAUUUUGCAUAAACAACUGGAACAGAGUGUUGCUGAGCUCAAGAAAAAACUGAAAGCAGCACAUAAGGAAAAACAGGAGAUGAUGAGAAAGCUCCAAACCCUUGAAACAUUAAAAUCAAGGUUUACAUCAGACUUAUUCAACUGCAUGGCGUUUAUUCAAGAGCCUAAAAAACUGAAACGCAGCAUCUUGAAGAUCUACCAGCAAUAUGUGCAGGAGGCUGAUGUGGUUAAAACUCGAGAAAAGUCUUCAGACAGGGAUCCUGAAGUUCUAUAUGAAUUUUCAUGUCAAAGAAAGCACCUGGAGAGAACAGUUGCUUUGCUGAAGAAAAAAAUAACUGAUGAUGCAGAAAUUAAUCGAGUUGCUCACUUCAGGAUCGUGCAGGAAAAUGUUUCUUUAAUUAAGGAAAUCAAUAUGCUAAGAAGAGAACUUAAAGGGGCACGUACCAAAGUGCAUGACCUUGAGAAUGUAAUCCAAAUAAGAAAAAAUUCAGCUCAGUUAGGGAAAGAAACUCCAAUUGUGGACCUUUUGAACCCAAACUUAGCCAAACUUCAUUUUGAAGAGGAGGCAGAAAAAAUUAUAGAUCUGCAGAAAAUGGAAAUAAAACGUCUCAGAGAGCAGAUUCAGGCUCACGAACAAACCUGCCCACUGCGGCCACUCACGGGUAUCAAACUUGCACCAAUUACACCUUAGUGGCCUGAAGAAUAAGAAGACUCAGAAAACGUGGAAAGGAGUCAUCAUGUGUCAGCUUUGAUGUAACCUUUUGUACUGUAAUGGAAUGAGAUAUUCAGGAAUCACUGGGUUUGUUUAAACAGGACUAACCGUGUUAUUGUACUUUGACACAGUUAAUGCAAAGCAUUAUGAAAGAAUAAGGGUCUAGUAAUGAAGAAUGUGUGACUAUUGUGGUAUGUCACCCUUUGUAUAUAAAGUGUUGCAGAUAGCCAUAGUUUAAGGCUAAAUCAAUUUACUAUGCUACUGCACAGGACCUACUUUGAAAAUAGUAUGAUUUGUAUAUAUUGCAUAAUAUUCACUAUUUGAUGUCAUUAUAUAAUUAUUCCUUUGCUAUUACACAUAAUGGCUUACAACAUGUUAUUAUAUACUAAUUACUAUGAUAUUAAAGGCUCAGUGAUUAUCUGGUUUUAUUAUAAAUAAU